AUGAAUAUAGUACGUUCUCGUCGGAUAAAGAUUUUACUUUUCUCAUCAUCAUUCGCUUUAAGUAUCUAUCUUCUUCGUCGUUAUCGUCGAUAUCUUAUAUUAAAAAAACAUUGCAAACUUGUUCAAUCACAACAAGAAUCGAUUACUAAUAUUCCUUCAUUAUCAUUAAUUGCAAUUCAUAAACGAUUUCUUAAUCAACUUUUUGUAAUUAUUCGAAUUCUAAUACCACGUUUACGUAGUGAUUCAUUUGUUUUAUUGAUUACACAUUUAACUACUCUAAUUAUACGAACAUUUCUUUCAAUUUAUAUAGCACGUCUCGAUGGUGCUAUUGUAAAAUCAUUAGUACAACGAAAUUCACGUGAACUUAUUCGUACAAUUUGUAUUUUUCUUAUUAUUGCUAUUCCAGCUAGUUUUAUUAAUAGUUUAAUUAAAUAUGCUGAAUCAAAACUUGCAUUAGCACUUCGUUCAAAAUUAACUUCUUAUGCAUAUGAAUUAUAUUUUCGUAACCAAACCUAUUUUCGCGUAUCAAAUUUAGAUUGUCGUUUACUUACACCAGAUCAAAAUUUAACAGAUGAUAUUGAAAUAUUUACAUCAAAAUUAACACAUCUAUUAUCUCAAUUAACAAAACCAUUUUUUGAUAUUAUUGUUAUAUCAUGGACAUUUGUAACUAUGAUUCAACAGAAAAAACAUGCACGUGGUCUUAAAGAAGUACCUAUUUUAACAAGUAUAGUCAUUUUUAUGACAUGUUGGGCACUUCGACAACUUUCACCACACUUUGGUAAACUUGUUUCUGAAGAAGCAAGACAACGAGGUUUACUUCGUUUUGCACAUACAAGAAUUAUUGCUAAUGCUGAAGAAAUUGCAUUUUAUGAUGGUCAUGAAGUAGAAAAAAAAUGGAUAUUCAAAUUAUAUUAUCAAUUACGAACACAAACGAAUUUAAUUAUUAAAAAAAGAUUAUGGUUUAUUAUGCUUGAACAAUUUCUUAUGAAAUAUUUUUGGCAUUCAUGUGGAAUGAUAUUUAUUGCUAUACCAUUCCUCACAUAUGAUGGACCAGCUAUAACAGAUGAUCCAGUAGGCGAUCCACUUGGCAUUAGUUCGCGAACAGAAGAAUUUACAAUCAGUAAAAAUUUAUUAUCAUCUGGUGCUGAUGCAUUAGAACGCAUUAUAUCAUCAUAUAAAGAAAUUGCUGAAUUAUCGGGUCAUACAAAUCGAGUUUAUAAAAUGCUUCAUGUUUUUGAUGAAUGUGCACAUGAACGAUAUCAACGAAUUCCUAUGAUAAUAGAAGAACAUUCAAAUACAGGCAUGAAACGAAAAUUUACUUUCAAUCAACAAGCAGAAGGUCAAAUUAUUGAAUCAGAUGAAGAUAUAAUUGCUGAAAAUCUACCAAUUAUUACUCCAAAUGGUGAUGUUCUUGUCGAAAAUCUUUCAUUAAAAAUUACACCAUCUAUGCAUGUUCUUAUUACUGGACCUAAUGGUUGUGGUAAAUCAUCAUUUUUUCGAAUUAUUCGAGGUUUAUGGCCAGUCUAUUCUGGUCGUCUUCAUCGGCCACAUUCUUCAAAUUUCUUUCUCAUUCCACAACGACCUUAUAUGUGUCCAGGUACUUUACGUGAUCAAAUAAUUUAUCCACAUACAAUUGAUCAAGUUCGUAUUGAUGAUGAUCAAUUAAUAGAAAUUCUUAAUAAUGUUGAAUUACAAUAUAUUGUACAACGUGAAGGUGGUUUAAAUAUUGAACGUGAUUGGAAAGAGAUACUUUCUGGUGGUGAAAAACAACGUCUUGGUUUAGCUCGAAUUUUUUAUCAUAAACCUAAAUAUGCAUUACUUGAUGAAUGUACAAGUGCUGUAUCAAUUGAUGUUGAAGGAAAAAUAUAUGAACGUGCAAAACAAUUAGGAAUUUCAUUACUUACAAUAACACAUCGACCUUCUCUUUGGGCUUAUCAUACACAUCUACUUCAAUUUGAUGGUCAAGGUCAAUGGAAAUUUGAAAUUCUUGACACAGAAAAACGUUUAACAUUAAAAGGUGAAAAAAAACGUCUUGAAUCUCAAUUGUCUGGUGUUCCGGAAAUGCAAAGACGUUUAAAUGAAUUAUGUCAAUUACUUGGUGAAGAUACCAUCGACAAUUUGAAUUAA